UGUGGCUGUCACAACCCCUGCGGUGGCGACGACCUUUGACCUCAUUCGUGCGCGACCGCCACAUCCCCCUUCACGCAGUGGGAUUGUUUCUCAAUCAACAAAUCGAAUUUCCGGCCAAGCUCCGCUAUGUCAGAACAAAUCGAACUCUCCUCUCCGCCGUUCGAUAGCGUGUCUUCCGUAAGGUUCUCGCCAAAGAGCCCAUCACAUCUGCUUGUAUCAUCCUGGGAUACGACGGUUCGUUUUUACGAUAUCGCGGCAAAUGAACAGAAGGCCAAGUUCGACCAUCGCGCUGCUGUAUUGGCAUGUUGCUUCUCCGAUGACUCUCAUGCUUACAGCGGUGGCCUUGACACAUCAGUACGAGAAUUCGAUCUCAACACUGAGAAGAUUAAUCAUCUCGGACAACAUUCAGACUCAAUCUCGAGCAUGAACUUCUCUCGCGACCAAAAUGUGCUCGUCACGGGCUCUUGGGAUAGGACCGUGCGCUUCUGGGAUCCUCGGACAUCAUCGCAGCAAUUGUCACACAACGUACCUGAACGGGUGUAUCUCAUGGAUCUCGUCAACAACACCCUCGUCGUUGCCAUGGCCAGCCGACUGUUCCACAUUUACGAUAUCCGGAAGAUGGACGAGCCAGCUCAGAUCCGUGACAGCAGCCUCAAGUUCAUGACGCGUGCACUCGCCUGCAUGACAGAUGGUCAAGGUUAUGCGACUGCGUCCGUCGAGGGGCGAAUAGCAGUAGAAUACUUUGAUCCCAGCCCCGAAGCUCAGGACAAGAAGUACGCAUUCAAAUGCCACCGCCAGACCAUCGACGACGUAGACCACGUAUGGCCGGUCAACUCCCUUGCGUUCCACCCAGUGUACAAUACAUUCGCGUCCGCAGGUUCUGAUGGUACAGUCUCAAUAUGGGACCACAAGCUGAAGAAGCGGUUGCGACAGUACCCGAAGUACCACUCCGCCGUGCCGUCGGUCUCGUUCAACUGCGACGGCACCAAGCUCGCUGUCGGCGUGAGCUACACCUGGGAGGAGGGCGAGGAAGGCGCGAGAACAGCCGAGCGGCCAAGCGUGUACAUUAGGACGACAGGAGACGAAGUCAAGCCGAAAGGAUGGACGGGUAGCUAG